UUCUAUGUUAUAUCUGUGUGAUUAACUUGUCUUUGCUCUAUGUUUCGCGUCUAGUCGGAACUCGCGCGUAGUGUCUGAAGAUCAUACCUCUUGCCUGCACGCCGAGGCCUACUAUUUCCAAACGCAUUUCCUUUUGUAAAGUGUUAUUUACAAAUGAAAAUAUCUGAUUUUGAUAGGAUUUUUUUAAUAAGUGAAACCAUAAAGAAGUGGAAAUUGUAUAACAAUGUUCAGAAAUAUAAUUAGGAUUUUUAUGAAAUUAGGUAGCCAGAUAAACAAAGGAUGUUGAACCAGGCGCGAUGGUUGAUGCUGGUGAUAGCCGCGCUUACGCUUCAGUCGCGAGGAGAAGGAGGGAUAAGAUUGCCAGACCAACCCCCACAGGAGGAAGGCAGGUCAUUGCACUUUGAUGACAAUGGACGAUCGCCGCAAGCACAGGGCCGUGGCCUUCUAGACUGGAUAGGCCUUGGAGAAGACCAAGACCCUUACAUUCAGAAGGCGACACAGCAAUGUAUAAGCGGGGAUCUUGCUGACUGUUUCAAGGCGCAAGCGUUGAAAUCGUUCGAUGAUUUUUUCGAUAAACAAGCUUACCAGUUGUCAGAGAAUGCAGUACUAGUGAAAGUGGAGUCCCAGGCCAGAGCGCUUGCUCACGAGCCUCCAGAAUUCGGCUCUCAGCCCCGCAGCGAUGACUCCGACUGGGACGGCCUAGUUAAAUAUGGAUUGAGAAAAAUUGAAAGAUUUCUACGUUCAUCCGCAUUGGAAAUGCAGCUCGACAAUGAAGUGACGUCUGGUGGAGUUAUCGCGCCACGGUUCAUUGACGAGAUCGCCGACGAAGUAGAUAUCAUUGAAGACAAAAAAGCGCCUCCAUUCCGUCGUCAUAAGCUAAAGAAGCUAAUAAUCCCAAUGCUGUUGAUCUUGAAGCUGUUCAAGCUGAAGCUGCUUCUCUUCCUGCCUCUUAUCUUGGGACUGGCCAGCUUCAAGAAGUUCCUUGGUUUUAUGGCUCUAAUUAUUCCAGGCGUUAUCGGCUACUUCAAGUUCUGCAAACCUAACCUGACUUCACCGUUUUCAUCGAACCAUUUCUCGGCUCCUCAGUACUCUCCUGCUGGCAUUGGCCUUGGGCCAUACAGAGAGCCUCAGUACAGUCAUUAUGAUACCUAUGCUGGACACAAAUAUGGUCAACCUUCGGGAGGUGUACUAUUCCGAGAGCACGAAGGAAACCCACAGGAUUUAGCGUACCAAGGAUGGGAAUACAGGAAUAAGAAAGGACCAGAUGACAUUAAGGCUGAAGAUGCAUAAUUCUAAGCUGUUACGUAUUAGGGAAUUUAACAGAAGUUUUGUAAAAAUAUAAUUAAAUACCGCGCAUUUUUUAAAAAAACAAGAUCGUAUUACGUGAAAUAUAUUAAAUUUAAUUUUGCUUGUGGCACACUGCUUCCUAAGUAAAAUUAUUGUCUUGGAAUUAUACGCCCUCAUUCAUAAUACAUCUCUAUAUUUUCACAUCUUUUAAAGAGCCAAUCUGUCUCUUUUCGUCAAAGCAUAAAUUGGGCAGAAAGAAACGAACAAAAGUUAGUUAAGAGUAAUAGUUAUAAUUUUAUUUUUUUUUACUUUUAAAUUGCUUUGAUGAAGUACCAAAUUCCGUAUUAAUAAUUAUUAAUGUAUUUAGACACAAUCAUGUAUGUCGUGGUUAUAAAUAUGUUGCUUCAUUGUUACGUAGCAAAUGAAAAUAACGUGACGACGAAAAUUUUCUGUAUUUUCCAACACAAUGAGUGUUUUGUUAUAAUUUAAAUAGAAAACCUUUACUUGUACCGAAUGGUACGAAUGUGUAAACUUUAUAAGUUUUGUAAAUAAUUUUAUUUAUUAAGGUUUUGAA